GUUUGUUGUGUAUGAGAGGCUAGAGAAAACCAAGUGGCGGGUAAAGUGGUAGUGUUGAACAGCAGUAAUUUGAGAAGAGAGACCGAGGCUUCUGGGCCCAAGCAUUAUCCCAGCCAUGUCCCUUGUAGCCUACGCUAGUAGCGACGAGAGCGAGUCAGACUCAGAGUCGGCCCCAGAAUCUGAAGCGAAAGCAGGGGAUGGUUUGUUUUCAAAACUGCCACCUCCAAAGCAAGACUUUCAGUCGCCGCCCCAAGCGCAGACCGAGGCCUAUACCGGGCCUUUUCAAAUACAGGCAGCUGGGGGUGAUCAGGGCAGCACGGGCUUCUACGGGCCUCCUGGCAUUUAUGGUCCGCUCGGCUUUCACCCUCCUGGAUACGGGCCUCCACCCAACUAUGGGCCACCUAGUUAUGGCACCGGACCCCCUAACUAUCCGGCUAGCCAAGGCCCAACAGGAUACGGCAGCUACGUCAACAGUCAAGGAUCGGGAUCCCCUUGUUUAAGUUACCCAGGAUACAGUGCCCAUGGAAGUGGCCCUGCAAACUAUGCCACUCCAGGCCUUAACCUGCCUCCCCCACAAGGAGGCCAUGGACUUAUUAUACCACCACCUCAAGGAAACCAAGGACUUAAUUUGCCUCCCCCACAAGGGAGUAAUGGGUCUAAUAAUAUGCCUACCCAUCAGUGUAACAAAGGACUGAAUGACUCUCCCCAUCAAGGUGGGCAAGGUCCCAAUUUGGCCCCACAGGGCGGUCAGGGCAUGAACGUGCCACCCCCACAGGGCGGUCAGGGCAUGAACGUGCCACCCCCGCAGGGCGGUCAGAGUAUGAACCUGCCACCCCCUCAGGGCAGUCAGGGCAUGAACCUGCCACCCCCUCAGGGCGGUCAGGGCAUGAACCUGCCACCGCCGCAGGGCGGUCAGAGCAUGAACCUGCCACCGCCGCAGGGCGGUCAGAGCAUGAACCUGCCACCGCCGCAGGGCGGUCAGGGCAUGAACCUGCCACCGCCGCAGGGCGGUCAGGGCAUGAACCUGCCACCGCCGCAGGGCGGUCAGGGCAUGAACCUGCCACCGCCGCAGGGCGGUCAGGGCAUGAACCUGCCACCGCCGCAGGGCGGUCAGGGCAUGAACCUGCCACCGCCGCAGGGCGGUCAGGGCAUGAACCUGCCACCGCCGCAGGGCGGUCAGGGCAUGAACCUGCCACCCCCUCAGGGCGGUCAGGGCAUGAACCUGCCACCGCCGCAGGGCGGUCAGGGCAUGAACCUGCCACCCCCGCAGGGCGGUCAGGGCAUGAACCUGCCACCCCCGCAGGGCGGUCAGGGCAUGAACCUUCCACCCCCGCAGGGCGGUCAGGGAAUGAACCUUCCACCCCCUCAGGGCGGUCAGGGCAUGAACCUGCCACCCCCGCAGGGCGGUCAGGGCAUGAAUCUGCCACCCCCCCAGGCUAUGCAGGGCAUGCACCUGCCUCCCCCGCAGGGCGGUCAGGGCAUGCACCUGCCUCCCCCGCAGGGUGGUCAGGGCAUGCACCUGCCUCCCCCGCAGGGCGGUCAAGGCAUGCACCUGCCUCCCCCGCAGGGCGGUCAAGGCAUGAAUCUGCCUCCUCCCCAGGCCGGUCAGGGCAUGAAUCUGCUUCCCCCCCAGGGAGCUCACGGGAUGAAUCUGCCUCCCCCCCAGGGAGCUCACGGAAUGAAUUUGCCUCCCCCACAUGGACAUCAUGGGAUGAGUCUGCCUCCUCUGCAAGGGUCCCACGGGAUGAAUCUGCUUCCUCCACAAGGAGCUCAUGGCAUAAAUUUACCACCCCCUCAUGGAGCUCAUGCAAUGAAUAUGCCACCCCCACAGGGAGCUCACACAAUGAAUAUGCCAACGCCACCACAAGGAGUUCAUGGGAUGAAUCUGCCUCCCCCACAAGUUGCUCUUGGGAUGAAUUUGCCACCACCACAAGGAAGUCUUGGAAUUAACUUACCUCCCCCACAGGGGGGUCAGGGAAUGAACCAGUUGUCUCCAUCGUCCAUGGGCGGCCAUGGUAUGAGCCAGCCACCUCCACGUGACAGUCCUGGGCUAAGUCUAUCAAUACCCCAGGGUAGCCAAGGACUAAAUCAUCCCUCACAGUUGAGCCCCAGUGCUAAUGUUGGAGGGGAGGACCAGCUAUCCCCUCAUUCAAGUAAAAUGACUGGUUAUGGGCAUAACUUCCCACUGCCAGCUGGAGAAACUGUUGGCCUUCCAAAACCAAAGAAACGAUCAGAACCUGUGAAGAUUAGUGUCCCUGAGCUACGUUCAGCUGGCUCCGAUUCAGAGGAGGAUGAGCCAACAAAGAAAAGACCUGUUCAUGUAUCUAAAGAAGGUUUUGGUUUAUCAGCUUUGCUUCCUCAACCUAAAAAUGCAAAUAUGGCAGACUCCAAACGCCAGACUCUACCAUACAACUUCACUAAGAAAGCAUCCGACACUCCCAGUGAAACAAAAAUACAUAAAAACGCUCCGCACACAAAGCCUAGAACUGUUUCCAAAUCAGAGGUUUCCCACACGCCAUCCCCAUCUGCUAUUAAGGCUGCAGCUAAGAAUGCUGCCCUGCAAGUAACUAAGCAGAUAACACAGGAGGAGGAGGAGGAGAGUGAUGAGGAAUUCCAGCAAGGCAACUUCUUUUCACUAUCGGAGACCCCAAAUGAGAUUCCUGCUGUGAACAUUGAAAGCUACACGUACUCUGUGCCAACAGUUAAAGAAGACCCUCCUCCUGGUACAGAACCAGUAGAACUUCCAAAUGAUGCAGCUAAUGCACCUUUAGAAUUUAAAACCCAGACAGUUUCAAACUCUAAUACUCAAUGGGGAUCCACAACUGGAGAAGAGUACAGUGUUCACCCAUAUAGUCAUUACCCUGAGUAUGGCAAUUCAUCUGGCUCUAGCUACUAUCAGGAUUACUACAAUAGUGAGUACUUCCAGAACUCUGAAGGUAAUUCCUCAUCUCAGAGAGAAACUGCAUCAAAUGACUCCUCGUUUAUGGAAGAUGAAGCUUUUAAGCGCCUGCAAGGAAAGAGAAAUCGUGGGCGAGAAGAAAUCAAUUUUGUGGAAAUUAAAGGAGACGACCAGCUGAGUGGAAAUCAGCAGUAUCUGACGAAGGCCUUAACGGAGGAGAAAAAUAUGAAAUCUUUCAGCAAGAAAAAAGGAGAACAGCCAACGGGGCAACAAAGGAGAAAGCACCAGAUCACAUAUUUAAUUCAUCAGGCCAAAGAGCGGGAACUGGAACUGAAGAACACCUGGUCUGAUAAUAAGCUGAGCAGACGCCAAACCCAAGCAAAAUACGGUUUUUAAAUCCUCUUCUUCCUGCCUGCAUAGGUAUUUGUGGCUAAUACAAGCCAGACUGACACCUUUGAGAGGCCAUGCAAUAACAAAGGACUCUAGUGCCAAGGACAUGCAUGGACUUUCCCACAAUGCUGAGCCUUGUUGACAUGUCCUCCAGCUUAUUUUGGGUUUAUGAAUGUCAGGUGGACUUAUUUUAAGAAUUGCAUUGGCUGAGCCAGCUCGGAGCUACAGAAAUGUGACAUUCUUUAACUCUAAUUCAUUUCCACAAUCCAUUGUAAAGCAAUACUUUGAUGGCAGUGAAUGAGUAAAGUGGCCAAGUAUUUGGUUUUGUGGACCUCAACAUAGGAUUGUAAAGUGAAGGACUAAUUCUCAUUGUACAGAGUACUCCUUUAGAUUUUGUUGCAAACUCCUUUUUUUUUUUUUUCUUCAAUGUUCAGUAGUUUGAGAGUUACGGGCAUUUUACUUUAAUGCCAACAAUAGUUCUGCAUAUCUUUUAAGAAUUUUCUCAUUGAUUUUACUUUAAUAUUGCCAUGUUCAGAUUUAUUAGACCGUAAAUAGGGGGAUAUCAUGAUUGAUUUAAGGACUGAAGAGAAUGACAAAAAAAAAUCUACAUCUAGCGUAGCGCAAAUAUCUAUAUAUAUAUAUAUAUAUAUAUAUAUAUAUAUAUAUCUUUCACAUUUCAAUAACUCUGUCCUAUAUUUUGUCUGUUUUACAUUCUUGUAAAUAACUCAAAAUUGUACAUAUAUAUAUAAAUAUAUUUUCCUUUGGGUUAAAACAUUGAUAAACACCUUGUUUAAUAACGAUAACUUGUGUUCCCAUUAAUAAAAUAAAUCAAAAUGUAUUCUAUUCAUGUAAAAGUGCUAUUUUUCCUACCUUCCUGUAAGUUUCUACGUUUCAAAUCUCUGAAAUUUAGAUUUAUUAUUAAUUCUAAUAAUCGUAUGUGAUUGAUUCAGUAACAUUUCCCUUAUUUUCGUUUCUUCCACACACCUACCCAUUGUCUUUCUUUAUAUGUUUUUACAUACAAGCAUUGAUUUGUUAGGACAUUUGAGCAUUAAAUGCAUUCAAAAAUAAUUAUUGAUCUCCAUGAAAUAACAAAUUGCAUUAUUAUUUUCAUUCACUGCAGCCAGGAAUACUAGUAAAUGUAUUUUUUUUUAUCAUUUUAUUACUGUUUUUUAUAUAAAUUGGUAGAUACAAGAAAACAUUUUAGCUUCUUGACUUCUAGUUUCUUUAUAUAAAAUCUAUUCUAUGUUUGUAACAUAUUUAAUUCUGAGAAUCUUCCUUAAAGACACAGUAAACAUCUUAUAAUUACCAGGCAUUUUUGUUAUCUUAAUAUAGAAUAACUCAUCAGCCAAGGCUAAACAUUUUAAAGCAAAUCUGCAUCUUGCUCACUGCAAUCUUAUAUUUCAGUAAUGAAACUCCACUUACCACUUGCAUGAUUUGGAUGAUCCAUUGUAUUAAAAUCUCAAGGUGUUGUAACCAUCCAAAUGAACUGAUUUUAAAAUCCCAACAAGUUUGUGUGUAUUACAUUUUGCAAAAUUGCCUACAAAUUGUGUUGUUCUGGGCAGCUAGCAAUGUGCAGGAAAAGGUUGAUGAAUGAUCUUUAAAUAUAAAUCUGAAAAUACAAACUAAUUCAUCAAAAAUUAUAUAACUGCAACAACAUAAGCUACUCUUUGGUUUAGAAAGAACCCAACUCAAGCGGACUGUUUUGAAUGUCAAUUUUUACUGCUGUAUUGUUUUAAAAACAGGCUCUUUGGAUUGUUGGUGGCUAUGUUACAUGUUUUUUGUUUGUGUUUGCUUUCUUUUUGGUUACUCAUUCAUUGUUUAAUUCUGUUACAUCAAAGAUAAAUUAGAUGUUCUGUUUUGUUGCUUACUGGUACAUAAGUUUCCAAACUAUUGUUUGUUUCUCCUUAAAAUAGGAGAUCAAAAUCUCUUUCUUACAUUUCGAUAGGCUAUUGCACAAAGUUUAACUGUCAGAUGUCCAUUUUGACUCAACCCUUGACAGAACAAGGCCAUAAUUCAUAUCGGACUAUUUUAUUUUUAUACUUUUAUGCCUAGUUUGGCUCUGAUUCUUCCACAGCGUAAUUUAAUUGUACUGUUAUUCCUUUGGAGAAAUAGUAGCUUUAGAAGAUAAUAUACAUAAUAUAGAGUUUAAUUAAUGUACUUAACUCCUUGGCAUCGUCGUCCAUAUUCUAGUUUGUUUGCUGUGUGAAAACUUCAAAAUCAGUUGUUUUAUUUUAUUUUCUAUGGCAUUCUAAUCCAUUAGGAUAUUGCUUGUUUGAAUUAGUUAAGUUGCCACAGUUACAUCAGUGAUAAAUCCGGAACAUCUGGUUUAUUUACAUUCAGAUUUGUUGAACUCCGUAAAGCCCAGGCUUUGCACUGGGUUUUCGUAGACAUACAUAGAAGCACAUUUGUAAUGAAACAUGGUGUCUAAUUGAUUCAAUAUUUGUGACAUAUAAUGUGUUUGCAGGUUUUCUCACAUAACAAAUAAAAUCAACUAAUUGAAUGUGUAA